GAAUGUUGAAUGUCUGAUAGGGGGCACCGUAGUGCAGAACCGGCGAAAGCCACAUAUCCCAUCAUUCAACAUUGAGCUGUCGGAUGGAGGAGGUGUGUGUGUGUGUUUUUCGUGUUUUUAUGUAAAACCAUCGUACCGUAAAACUGACAAAUGAGCAAAUUUAUCAGCCGUGAGUGGAGGGUGGCAAUGCCAAGAACAUCUUGAAGUAUGCCUCUGUUCAAAAAGAAGUCUGACAAAAGGCCAUCAACAGUCACAGCACCACAGGUCCAGCGGAGCUCCUCAAAUUCUCCCGCUGGUAUCCCGUCAGCCUCUGCGAAGCCGCCGCCAUACCCAACCCAAAGAAAACCAGUGGAGACUGGCACUAGCCUGCCCAAUGGGGGCGCUCUAGCUCAGCUCAGGAGUGAACCGUCCGAGAAGCAGAAGACGGGGAGCCUGGAGAAGGGGGCUAAUCUGAAACGAGAGUUCAGUGAUGAGGACAACACAUGUGGCGACCUGGGAACAGGCGCCAAGCAAGUUGUCAGCACAGAGAUUGAGACCAAAUCCCGGCUGUGUCGGACCCUCCCAGAGGUCCUGCACGACAACGGGGCCCUGCCCUACUUCAUCCAGUUCAUGCAGGCCCAGAGGGCUGCCCACCUGGUCCAGUUCUGGCUAGCUACCGACAGCUUCUCUGCCGCUUCCUGGUCCCGGCUCCGCUCCGAGUCCCUGACCAACGCCAGUAAGAGCAUCACCGAGCAUAGACCGCGAGCCGGCUCCAGGACGACAACUCCUGCCGAUGGCAACCUCCCGCCUCCGGUCGACGGCUAUUUCGGCAAUGACUCCAAUCCCAGCAUGCCCCAGUCGAGCCAACCAAUCGUAAACCAGGAUGGUGUGGUGGCCGACUUGGGCAAGAACAACAAUGAGCGAACUGACAGUAAGGAAGCGAACGCUCAGAUGAGCGAUGCGAACGUUAAAAUGCACUCAAGAGCCAAAUCGGACUCACAUGCUGGCAUUGAGAGAGUGAAACCUGAGACUACUCCAGCAGAACUCGGCCACCGAAGAACCAACUCAUGGAAAGGUGUUGAUCCGAGAACAGCUGUAGAGAGAGAUGCAUCCAACAUCUUCACUAGAUAUUUAUGCAAGAAUGCCCCUCUGCCUGUUGGAAUCACCGAUGAAAUUAGACUGGAUGUCAUAGCAAAAAUGUGUCCACAAGAAGGCUGGCUGAACCCAGACUGCUUCAAGACAACACAGAAUUUUGUGUUUGAUGUCAUGGAGACACACUUUUUCCAGCCAUUCCUGAGGAGUGAGUUCCAUUGUAAAUACCAGAUUGAUGUACUAACCACAGGCAAGGCUUACCUUGCUGAUAUUCUAUAUAACGACACUGCAACAUUCUACUUCAUGGAGUAUCUGGAACAGGAAGGUGCCGUGCAUCUCCUACAGUUCUGGUUGGCUGCCGAGAACUUUCAGAAGCAUCUGCUAUCCGAGCAGGGCCAGUACGACAGUGGGGAAGCACAGAGUGAUGCUAUGGUGCUAUAUGAUAAAUACUUCUCACUGCAAGCCACAUGUCCAAUCGGCUUUGAUGACAGUAUGCGGCUGGAGGUGGAGACUAACAUAUGCAGGGAAGGUGGCCCCCUACCUGACUGCUUUACGACGCCCAUGCGACAGGCUUACACCACCUUGGAAACUGUAUACUUUCCCGGUUUCCUGCAAAGCGAGCUGUACUAUAAGUUCCUGUCUGAACUCAUCAACACCAUCAAGAGCGAGCAUGCUGCCAUGUACCCAGGAGACCCAUCAUCGGUUGCCGGCAUCGGGGCACCGGGGACCGACGACAAGCCCAAGUCACGCAACACCCUCCUGGCCGAAGGCAACGUCAAGAAGCUGUUUGAGGAGAGCGAGAUGAACAUUGAGAGUCUGGACCUCAAUCCGGAUCUGCUGUGGCAGAGACCAGACCCUGGAAUAAUGACGUUUGGCAAAGUGAAUCACUUGGGCCAGUUUGUAGCCGAAUACGAGCCAGACCCAGAGGCAAUGAACAAGAAGGCUUCAGGUUCAAAGUUCUCCUUCAAGAAACUUGUGAAAGGCGACCAGGAUGCGAGUAAAGAAGAGAUGGCACUGAAGAUAGCCCAGAUGAUCAUCAACGACGUCAACAUGCAGACGGGUUCGUCCACUCCGCCCCCUUCCCCGGCAGCCAAGCCCCACCCACCCCCAGCCAACAACAGAGGCACGUCAAGCGGUCACAGUAUUCCCCACGGUAGUCCGAGGGUCAAGUUUAAUGAGGUCAGCCAACAGCCGUCUUCGUCAUGACAAUAGUGUGAAGACAACCUGGUUUUUUUAAUGGAUCACCAAGGCAAUGCCCAUGUGAUGGUGUCAUAUGAAAUCUGGUCUCUCUCACCUUAUAUGGACUCUAACCCUCACACGUGACCUGUCACUGUCCUAAUAGGCAUGUGCAAUACAGCCACUGAGUCUGUUUUUUACGGUCCAAAUUGCGCCAUACACAGACAUUGUCAUAAAUUUCCUCAACUUCAAAAGAAAGUGUUAGUCACGCAGCAGACUACAAACGCCGCUUUUUUUUUAUAUGCAAGCUUUUCUCAACUUCAGCAAAUCUCAAUUCUUGGUCACUGUGAUUAGGAACAGGGGCUUAUUUCAUGGCUAGGCAUAAUGAACAUUGUGCUUACAGAACCUUAGCAUAUUCCUUGGUGUAGAUUUGCUAGCCCAUGCACAGGCUUUGAGGUUUAUGUUAUUGCGUCCCUUUUGUAUUAAAGUAAAUUCUGCAUCUUACAUUGGCAUGCACUUCGCUUUGCUUUUUGCUUAUGGGGCUGGACACCAUCUUCCAAUUAGGGCACUGUUCAAAGUGGACGAUCAUGGGCGCUAUCAGACAAUAGGUGGCAGUCUUCUUUGCGACACAAUUGCUGAUGUUCGCGGGUCGUUAAA